GGGUGGUGGUGGUGAGCGUGAGUGUCCGACACGCGCGCAGGGGGAGGCGGUCAGUCGGCAGGCAGCCGCGUCUCGUCGUCUGCCCAAAGGGCGAAUCGAACAGCGGCGACGUUUCGCGGGGGGAGACGGCGCUUUUCCUCGCGAUGUCCAGGAGGGACACUGGGUAAGAACGUUCCAACAACAAACGGUACAAAAACUCGAUAGCAGUACAAAGUGCAAGAAAGGGUGGAGCGACGGGGCCAUUAUGUCUCGGGACGGCGGCGAAAGACGCGGCCCUGCUGAGGAAGAAGACAAGGAGGAGAACCUGCGCGAAAGGGCGGACAGCUCGGGAUCCGCCGUGGAGGUGGAGGGCAGCGUGAGGAAGCGCGUCCGGCAGAACACACCCAGCCCCCAGAACUCGCUCUCCUCCAUAGCGUCGAGCCCGCCCCGGCUGGUGUCGGUGGACGAGCUGAUGGAGACGGCCCACAGCAUGACCAACAUGGCGCUGGCUCACGAGAUCGUGCUCAACGGCGACUUCCAGCUGCAGAAGAAGCCUCCGCCCGAGCACAGCCUCGAGAAACAUGUGUCCGACAUCGUACGCAAAGCUUUCUGGGAUUGCCUGCAGACCCAGCUGGAUGAGGAUCCCCCGACUUACAACCAUGCCAUCGUGCUCCUCGGAGAGAUCAAGGAGUCGCUGCUGCUGCUCCUGCUGCCGGGGCACACGCGGUUGCGGUCCGUGAUCGAGGAGGCACUGGACCUGCAGCUGAUCGCACAGGAGGCGCAGAACGGGGCGCUCGACUUCGCGCGCCUCGCCACCUUCAUCCUCGACACGAUGGGAUCGCUGUGUGCACCCGCGCGCGACGACGACAUCGCACGCCUCCGCACCGCCUCCGGGGUCGUGCCGCUGUUCAGGGAGAUAUUCCAGGUGCUGGAGCUGAUGAAGAUGGACAUGGCCAACUUCACCAUCCAGAGCAUGCGGCCUCACUUGCAGGAGCAGGCCAUCGAGUACGAGCGCAAGAAGUUCCAGGAGUUCCUCAACAAGCAGCCCAACGCGCUGGAAUUUACCACUCGGUGGCUAACGGAGGCCGCACAAGAACUCAGGGGUGUGGGCAGCGAGAAAACAGUGGCAGCCGCCACCACCGCCGCCACCGCCGCCACCGCCGCCACCACAGGCGAAAGGGGGGCAACGUCGGCUGUGCCAGGCCAGGAGGCGAUCACGACCCCGGCCCCUCCCAGUGCGAUCGCCGUGCUGAACCACGCGUACGCAACGCUUCUUCGUUGGGACCACAGCAGCAGGUCCUUCCCCGAGACGGUGCUCAUGGACCAGGCGCGGCUGGAGGACAUGCAGCUGCGCCUCUGGGGACUGGAGCUGCUGGCCGCCGUGCUGCUCGUCACCGUGGGCGCCGGCGGCACCGCCGUCUCGGGCCUCUCGGCCUUUGCCGGGCGGCUCAAGUCCACUGCUGUGGCCUUGCUCGAGGGAAAGCACAUCAGGUCACCAGGCAUCGGCGACACCCUGGUAUCGGUGAGCGAGCAAAUGGCGCGGGAGCUGCAGAGCUGCUUGAGUGAACACGGCUUUCCGCCCCUGUCCUCCGAAGCAGAGAGCUUCCUCAUCGGGCAGAUUUGCAGCUUGAACUCCGAGGAAAAUGCCGUCAUCAAGCUCAUUGAGUCGCGGGUGCGAGCAGUCAUGCUCGGGGCCCUGGUGGUGAACAGCCCUCAGCGGGGGCCCCAGCCCCUCCCAGGGGGUCUGUCCCCGAUCCGGGCCGAGCUGGAGCCGCUGCAGGCCACGUUCGCGCGCCUCAUGGCCUUCAACCGUGCCGUCUUCGCCCCCGUCUACUCGGACGUGCUGCGCAGGGUUCAUCACGGCGAAGGCAGCACGGGCACAGGUCCUUCUUCCUCGAAGGAGUGAUCAGGAUCUGGGGCCACCGCUGCUGCCAUCAUCUUCGCCGCCGCCGCCGCCGCCGCAUCCCCCGCAGCCACCCCCAUUACUGCCUGCAACGCGGAGAUCCCGAGGCGGGUCUGAGGACAGACCGACGGCGCUACUGCUAAUCUCAUACUGAAGGACAGCGAGUUUGCAGUGAGGCACCCUGCUGCUUUUGUGUUUUGUCUUUAAUAUCGUUACACCCCGCAUUCGGCAUAUAGUUGAAGCGAUGAUUAACUUAUACUGGCGUUUGUUAAGUUGGUGUAGGAUUGUCUUGUACAACUGUUAUUUAAUUGUUUUUGGCCUUUGUUCAUUGGAGGCAUCUCUCACGUUUGUCCAAGAGGGUGGGAUUGUAAGGGAUUUGCAGGAGUGAUUGUUUCCAUAUAAUAUAUCUAAAUUUAAGAGUUAUGUUUAUUAAUUUAAAAACAUGUUUUUUUUUAUAUUUUAACAAAAGGGAUACAGAUUGAAACAAUGGCAAGCAUUAUGAAUGUAGAUAAUGUUAUUAAUUUAAAUUUGUUUGAAACAAUAUGAAGAUUAACACAAACUAGAUUUUGGAACUCUAUGGAAGGGACAUAGAGUAUAUUUACACGAUUUAUAAGGGAUUGCUAAUGAAAAGAGUGAAGUUUAACUCAUGAGACUAAUCAAUCUACAGUAAAACCUUGGUCUGCGAGUGUUUUGCAAGACGAGCAAAAUUUUAAAAUAAUUAUUAAUUUGAUAAACGAGCGAGGUCUUGCAAAACGAGUAGUACGUGUGUACGCUUUGUCUGCCGAGCGUCACGUGAUCACAACUGGUAUACGAGUGCUUUGGAUUACAAACACGUUUCCGGAACGAAUUUUGCUCGCAAUCCAAGGUUUUACUGUAUCCUAAUUCCAUAUAACAGAAAAACAACGCAUGACAAAGCCUGCAUGCAACCGGCUGGGUGUGACAUCAGGGUAGCACCAGCCCUUUGCUUAUUAGACAAUAUUUACUGAUGAAAUAAUAAUAUAUAUACACACGCACCGUAAACCAUAAGAGUUCGUGGAAUGAUGUAUUAAAACAGAACCAGUCAAGGUACAAUCUGGAACAUCGCAACACCAUGUGUAUUGGCAGAAUUGCCCAUGUAUGGCAACCAGUGUGAAUUGCUUUCGGAGCCAAAACCUAUAUCUGAUUAUCUUGUUGACCAUGGUUGUAGUAAAGAUGUCCACAACCUUCUUCAAUCGUUUCCGAUGCUUGCAAUAAUGAAUUUAUCAAUCUUGAUUUGAAGCUUUUGCGACUGCAGGAAUCCAUACUCUUUGGUUCUUUCGGUAAAGUCACGUAGUUAGUUUAUUUCUAAGUACGUGACUUUACCGAAAGAACCAAAGAGUAUGAAUGUAUCAAUGUUACAAAUGCCAUAAAGGUUCAACAGACAUUUCCAGGCAUUUUUGCAAUGCAGUAUUGUAUUUCAUUUGCUGUCAAAUGAGGCCAAACCUGACCCAACGAUAACACUGAAACAAUACAAGUGCUCAAACAUCUAUGCUAAGUAGUUGUCAAUAAACGUGCACCAUUUCAAAUAAUGCCCCUCUGCCUGCAUGAAUGUUGUCAAAAUAUAAGUACUCAUCCGCAAAAAGUCCACAGCAUAGAUUGCAGUGUAUCGGAUACCUCAAAGUAAGUGUUCAUUGAUAGCAAACUCUCAUUCUCUUCCAACAUCUCGACUCAGCAAGGCCUUGCACCUUCAUCUGCACUCCAUUUACUGCGCAUCCAUUUCCUUACCAUCAACUGCUGCGAAGGCUCUCAUCCAUGCCUUCAUCACUUCCCUGCUCGACUGUUAUAAUUCCCUCCAGGCUCCCCUUAUCCCUCUCGUCUCAACUCCAGAUGAUCGAAAUGCCACUUAAGACUUCUCACCCGUACCUGUAAAUGAGACCACAUUGCCAUGAUACUCCACUAACCUCCCAGCGGCUCACAAUCCAAGAUCAAUUUCAAAAUCGCGCUCACCAUCUUCAAGGGCCUCUUAAGGACUUGACCCUGCAUAACUCUCCCCUAUAAUCUCGCUAUACUUUCCU